AUGGCGGUUACUAAAGACAAUCGUACACUGGCAAUACUCAGUGCCGCCACAAAAGGCAAUUAUGGCGUCAUGGCUGCAAUCGCCUACAACAUUGAGCACUUGACAGCUCUUGUCCGCGCAGCAGAGUCGAAGCGAUCGCCCUUGAUAAUCCAGCUGUUCCCAUCAACCCUCAAGCAAUUACCUCUUCUCGCCCAUGCAGCUGCGCAUGCCGUAAAAACCGCCACAGUACCUCUCUCUUUACACAUCGACCACGCCCAGAAUGUGGAGCACAUACGAGAGAUCAUUGCGACGCUACCGGUCGACUCAGUUAUGGUGGACAUGUCGCAUUACGAUGAAGCCGAGAAUCUGGAAAAGACGCGGAUACUGACCAAGGAGUGUCACGACAAGGGCAUCGCGGUAGAAGCGGAGAGCGGACGGAUAGAAGGUGGCGAGGACGGCAUCGCUGAUACAGGAGAUCUUGAAGCACUCUUCACAUCACCUGAAGAUGUCGACAACUUCGUCAACGCUGGCAUCGAUAUAUUAGCCCCGUCGAUCGGAAAUGUACAUGGGGACUACGGCCCUGCUGGUCCGAAAGAAGGACAACUACACUACGACCGCCUCGAAGCGAUAGAUAAGCAGAUCAACAAACGUGUUCUGAUCGCAUUACAUGGCACCAAUGACUUCCCCGCUGAAGUUAUGCAAAGAUGUAUACGAUCAGGCGCAGUCAAGCUGAAUGUCAAUAAGCUUCUACUUGAAGUGGGAAAUGAGGUGCUGAGGAAAUAUGCGCCGACGACACCUUUGGCGAAGUUGAUCGACACGCAAAUGGAGGUCAUACAGAAGGAGACAGAGAGGUGGAUGGACAUAUGUGGCAGUAGUGGUAAAGCUUGA